CGCCGGUUGCUGCUGGGCCUGGAGCACGCGCUACUGCUGGCGGCCGGCGGGGCGCUCUUCUCCUGGGGCGGCGGCAGGCACGGGCAGCUCGGGCACGGCGACCUGGAGAGCCGGCGGGAGCCGCGGGCGGUGGAGGCGCUGCAGGGCUUGGCCGUGGCGGAGGCGGCGGCGGGCGGCUGGCACUCGGCGGCCGUCAGCGAUGCGGGCGACCUGUACUUGUGGGGCUGGAACGAGUCGGGGCAGCUAGGGCUGCCCUCCAAAAAGGCCAGCGAGGCUGCAGUAGCAGCCGCCGAGGAGGCCGGUUCGGACCCGCGGAAUCGCCCCCUUUGCGAGCGCAGCGUUGCUCCGGGCAGCGACAGGCUGGAGGCGGGGGCUUCGGACGGGCCGGGAGGCGACGAAGCGCCCUUCGUCUCGGUGCAGGCCUUCCCCGCCCUGCUGGACUUGCCCGAGGAGGCCGAGGUGCGGCGGGUCAGCUGCGGGUCUCGACACACGGCCGCCGUGACGGGGCCCGGCCAUCUCUACACCUGGGGCUGGGGGAAAUAUGGUCAGUUGGGGCACCAGGACGCAGCCACCUCUGACCGGCCAAGGAGAGUUUGCUACUUUGUGGAGAGGAAUCUCAGGGUGCAGGAUGUGGUCUGUGGGCCGUGGAACACCUUUGUCCAAGCUGCGGCUGCCAAGAGUGGGCCAUGAAGAAGCCAUGUCCAGCAGGCCUUUCCCUGGAGGCUGAGCAGCCUCACAGAGCUCCAUCUUGAUUCAACUGGACAUCCCGUGAACGAGAAUUGGGCCAUGUUUACAUAUCAGAAGCACAACAUUAAAUGCAGAAUAAAAUUAUCUUUUAUGUA